AUGUCUUCCAGGUCGGGGUCCAACUCCCACCGCCGCCACUCCCGAGAGCCUUUGGAAGACUUUCCGCCCCUCCCCGUCCCUAGGCUUCCCUCCCUGCGAGCCCUCGCCGCCCAGCGAGACCGAGACAGCGCUUUGCCGGCUUCGUCCAGCCGCCCCCAGUCGCGGCAUUGGAGUGCCGCAUCUCGCCGCGCCGAGCGCAUUCGCAACCUCGAGAACAGAGACCCCAACUUCGACGACUUCUUCCGUCCAUCAGAUGAGGGGUGGCCCACGAUGUCUCGUCGCGCCGACCGCAUGCGGACUGCGAACGCCGAGAACAACCGCCCCGCCAACAACUUUGACGACCUGGAUCGGUCCCUCGAGGAGGCUAAUUCCCAUAUCCGACUCUUGGUUGAUCUACAAAACCAAAUGGCCCCCGAAUACCCAAUGCACAUCCCCAGCUUCUCCCCGCCCCUUCGUCCUCAAGACCUCCCCGACUCCAAUCGACGACACAAACGUCGGAAGCUGGAUUCGGAUCGUCUCGUGCCCAGCUUCAAGGGCUUCCGGUAUGGAAGAUACGGCCAGGUCGAACCCGGCGAACUUCAAAUGGAGAUUGUCAGUUGCGACGGAGGAAUGUUCUCCAACGAAUCCUCCUAUGCCGCCGAGAACAUCCUCCGCGAUGACACUUCGGUGUACUGCACAAAAGGCAACCGAUGCAACAUAGUGCUGCGACACCAGGGAGCAACAGUAUUCACUCUGCAAGAGCUGGUGAUUAAAGCGCCAGCGUCUAUGAACUAUUCACAUCCUGUACGAGAAGGAAUGGUUUUUGUAAGCAUGAACCAGGAUGACAUCCUGAGCCGGACAGCUCAGUAUCAGAUCCAGUACGCCCCGAGGUCCAACGAAAAUUCGAGGUCCCACGAAAAUUCGAGGUCCUACGAAAAUCCGAGGUCCUACGAAGAUUCGAGGCCCAACGAAGAUUCGCGUUCCUGGGAUGCAAACCCUGACCUCAUCCCCCCCGAGAUCAUGUCCAUCCGCCAUCACGACAAUGGCACUACGACCACAGUCCCCCGUGGCACUUCCUACGGCCUCAUCGGCGCCUGUAUCGAAGACUACGAGCCCCGAACGCCUCAGAUGCCCCGCGAGUUCGCGACCCCCCUGCCCGACUUCCGCGUCACCAUCGAGUGCAGCGAGGAGGAGGAAGAUGAUGAUGGCUCGCGCUUCCUCCGCCGCGCCCCAAACCACAUCGGCUCCCUACCCUUCGAGACGGCCGACUCGGACUCGGAGGACGGCGUCGGCAAUCCCUUUGGCUCCGAGUACCUCGAUGACCCCCACCAUCCUUCCCACUGGCGCCUCUAUAACAGCGCGCCUAAUACUGGCAGCGCCGCCAACCUGCGCCGCCUCCGUGAUCGUGACCGUGACCGCGAGCGGGACCGUGAUCGCGAUCGCGAACGCCCCACCCUCUCUCUAUCUGAGGCCUGGGAGGCUCACGCUUCGGCUACCCAGGACGCUGUCCGCGCCGUUGGCGGCGAGCUCCUUACGCCCUGCGCCCGCUUCCACAUCGAGAAGAAGAAGAGCAAGUGCACUAUCCGCUUCGACCCCCCCAUCUCGGGCCGCUUCAUCCUCCUAAAGAUGUGGAGCUCCCACCAUGACCCCACGAGCAAUAUCGACAUACAGUCCAUCAUCGCUCGGGGCUUUGCCGGGCCCCGGUAUUUUCCCUCUGUUGACUUGCGAUGA